AAAAUGUUCAAAACUGCAUAUCAAGGCGGUGUUGCUGUAGAAAUCCUUGAUAAAAAACUUAUUAAGCCCUGGAAGAUUGACACUGGAGUCAAGAAGGAAUACAAUAAAGAAGUCAAGGGUUAUAUAUUUGUACUCGAGACAGGAAAGGGGCAGAUGAGAGCACCAAAAACAGACAAGAGUACCCUUCAUUUAACUCAGCCAUAUCUUGUAAUCCAAUGUUUUUUGGUAUCUGACAAAGACUUUCAUCUUGAAUUAGCUGUCAGGGAUAUCAACAAGACCGUCAAAAGACUUAUUUUCCACAAGGGGACCAAGGGGAUCAAAAUCGAGCACCACCACUCACGGAUUCCGAUCAAUUGAUUUACCGUAGGGAAGUGGAUGAACUUGUCCAUCAACAUAAAAAGUUUUAUCAAUCAUUGCUACAAUACAAAGAAGAGUAGCUUUAACUACAAGUCAUUAGAUUCGAUCUCGAUCAAGGGAAACUUAAUGAUAAAAAAAAUGUUCACCAUGAACAACUCCUUGCUCGACACUGAAGGGUAUGCUGACCCUGAGUCCUUCAAGGUCGAUGAGAUCCCUAAAACCAUGAAUUACGCGCCUAAUGUUCCUUACGUAGCACAAGUCAUCACAGCGAAUAGAAUCUUAGAAACCGAAGGAGGUCUUGAAGAGAGCAAAAUAGAAGAAGACCAGAAUACAACAUUCCAAUCAGAGUCAUCGACUAAAUAUAAAUAUGCUUUUGGCUCGAGAGUUAAGACCGAAGAGGAUUUUGAUAAAGGUCUCGGCAUUAUUGGUGUGGGCAGAACUGGCUCAGCCAAGAAGCGGCUAACAGGCUCCUCCCUAAAUGAAGAAACUAAGAAGUCUAAACCUAAAACUACCAAAAAGAGGAUGAAUGUUGCUUCUAAAAUUGACAAUAAGCCUCCUAAAAGACCACCCAAGAAAGCCGCAAAGACUGACCCAAGGCCUCCUAUGGAACAUUUUGAGGAAGAAAAGAAGGCCACUGAGAUUCCAGUCAAGAAAGACCGAACUCCACUUGAAAUUGAGCUUGAAAACCAAAAACUGAAACUUGAAAAACAAUUUAAAAUGGUCUCAAAAGAGGAAGAUAAGCUUGAGUCCAUCAAGAAGAAAAGGAAGGAGCUAUUCAGCAAUCCUUUUUCGAAAAUUAAGGCUCAAGAUCCACCCAAAAAGAGCAAACCAAAAGAUUUCAAUGAUGAUCUCAUGAACGAACUCGAUAUGGAGGAAGAGAAAGAUCCGAUGCAUAGCAUUAAAGAAGAAGAUGAAGAACUUGAACAAUACUCUCGGCAUAUGAGGACAGGCUCUUCAAUAGAAGAUGACGAAGACCCCGAAGAGGACUUUAACCAAAGACAAGAUAGUAAAUUUGUGGAUACUGAUGACCGAGAUGAUAUCGAAGACCUCCAAGUAGCUGGGACAAGGACUCAGUUGCAAUAUCAAGAAGAAGAUAGUACAAAAAAUGUCAUCCCAGAUGUUCAGAUUCCAGAUAGUACCAUAAAUAGAGAAAUCCAAGAUAAUACUUUAAACAGAGACAUCCAAAAUGUUGUUCAAGGAAUUCCAGGGUUGGAUUCUGAAUUUGGAGGUAUAGUAAUGCCUCUAAAUUCUCCUGAUGAGACAAUACCAGUGUCUUCAACUACAAACAAGACUGAUUUCCCUGUCCAUGAGAAGUCUGUAACCCAAUUCAACGCAAGCUCCUUACCACAAGAAGAGCCUCAAAUAGAUGAUGGGACUAAAUUUAGCAUCCAUCAAGAAGUAGAAUACCCAGAAGAAGAGCAGGACCAGAUCACCUUCAGUGGAAAGAAAGUCAGCGAGGAAAUCCCUGAUGAAACUCCACAAGAAGAAAUAGAAAACAACUUCGACACUAACCCAGACGAGCUUGAAGAAGGGACAUUCCAGGAAUACGAGUUCGGUGAAGGAGAUCUCCUCUCAAGGACCAAAGUAUUUGGGAAAUCCAGUACUGACCAAGAUCCUGAUUCAAAGGAUAUUGAGACUGAACCUCCACGAGGAAAUUUUGAUACGAAACCUGAGCUAACAGGCACUGAAAAGUACUUCGAAUCCCCACUUAAAGCUCCUGAAGUUGCACCCAAAACAGAGGCUCCUGUAAGAUAUGAAGCAGAGGAUGAAGAAGAGAAGGAAAUCUCUCAGAACCUUGAAAAAUACAGUGUGCGCAACAAAUCUAGCUUAUCCAUACAAAAAGACAAAAUUAAAUAAAGAUAAACCAAUAAAGAGGAAAGAAGACCCAAAUCCAUUCAUCAAGGGAGCCAUGAAUAUGGUUGAGGGAUGGACAACCACUGCUGGCCAAGAGCUAGAAGAGAACAACGAAGAACCUAAUUUUGAGAGUUAUAAUCUUGAAGGAAUCGAACCUUCUGAUGACCACCAGAACGCUUUUAAGGAUAAUAAUGUAGAUGUGGAUAACUGAGACAAUAUAUCAAAAGACAGCCUUGAAGAAGACAGUCCUGCACCGCAAACAGAAGAGAGUAGCAGUAUGAAAGUAGUAUACAACUCAGUAUUAGGCCUAUACUACGAUCCACUGACAAAGCAGCAUUUUGAGAAAAUUCCAGAAAAUAACAACUAA